UAAAGGUUCUGUCGCACUUGAGAAAUUUAUGUUCAAUAGUCUACCUCAUAGCUGAUGAUAAAGGCAAUGGAUGAUCUCCACGGGAAUAAGACAAGGAGGAGAGUGAAGCUCAUAGAAAUGAAGAGAGCGGCAAUCGAUCAGGGAGUGGCCUCCUUCUGCAAUGCUUUAAAAUCUCUAGGAGAGCUUUGGAAGAUGAAUCAUGAAUGGAUGGAGAACAUCAAGUCUGAUGAAUUUGGCGGCAUGGAGAGCGUCAAUUUGGAAAAACUAGUCAAUAAAGUGGUGGAAACUCUUCAUGACCUCAUAAAAGUAGCAGCAGAAAAUUGUGAGCCGAUGUAUCAAGAUGACCAUAAGAAAGAUCACGGCCAACAAAGCACCGCAUCUUAUGAUGUCCUCGGGGAGUCUCAGGCAAACCAAAAUCCCUGCUUUAAUCCCAUUCCAACUACUUCCAUUUCGGAACUGAAGAAGACCAGAAGGCCUCCGACUGAUGUCUCAUUCAUCGCUUGUCUUUUUAGGAGUCUCAGACGUGAUGCUGUGAAAAAACCGGAACCCAUUCAGGAAAGAUUAGCAGAAGCAAGCAAAUCUGGUGCAACACCAGCAGCUUUGGCACAAAAUUCUUACUUCAAUGCAAAAGCACCACCCCCACCCCCACCUCCACCUCCACCUCCACCUCCAUCGUCUCCCAAUUUAAUACCAAAUCUUGCAGCUCAGCCGGCUCCACAACCAUCACCUUCCAAGAUCUCAGGAAUGGUGUUGCCAAAAAAACCACCACCACCUCCUCCUCCUCCUCCUCCUCCUCAGGCAGCACCACCUCCACAACCACCAAAAUCCAAGAUCUCUGGAACUGUGUUGACAAAGAAACCACCGCCACCGCCACCUCCACCUCCUCAGCGGCCAACAACUCCCCUAGAACCAACAUCAUCCAAGAUCUCUGGAGCUGCGUUGACAGAUAAAUCACCACCGCCGCCACCUCCACCUCCUCACCGGCCAAUGACUCCCCUAGAACCAACACCAUCCAAGAUCUCCGGAGCUGCGUUGACAAAAAACUCACCACCACCGCCACCUCCUCUUCCGGCUGCAAAAGAAGCUGCACCAUCUCCACGUAAACCUGAACCUCCUGUACCGGAAAAUGUAGCAGCUCAAGGAACAGUGGAUUCAGAACCAGCAGCUCACUUAAUUGCAGUUGUGACAGAAAAAGCACCACCUCCUGCCGCACCACCUUUACCACCACCUAAAUUACCACCAGUUGAAGUGGCUGCAGGAGAACUGCCCCCAUUGCCAACAGCACCAAAGAUACCAAGAACUGCACGAAUAGUAGCAUCGCCACCACUACCACCUGCGCCGCCUCCACUUCCUGCACCCUCCAAAGGGUCAAUUCCAUCACCUUCACCUCCACCACCGAGCAUUAAAGGAGCUCCUCCGCCGCCACCUCCUUCUCUGAGUGCAACCAAAUCCUUGUACCCCAAAAAAGCAACAACAAGGUUGAGGAGAUCAACCCAAAUUGCAACCCUUUAUCGGUUCUUGAAAGGAAAAAUAGAAGGGUCGAACUCAGAGAUUAAUCUGAACAGUGGAAGAAAUCGUCAAGUUUGGGCCUCUGCAGGUGGAAAACAAGGAAUGGCUGAGUCAAUAGCAGAGAUGAAAAAGAGAUCAGCAUACUUCCAAAAAAUAGAGAAAGACAUGCAAACGCAUGGAAAGACAAUCACGGAUUUGAAAGCCAAAAUAAAUUCUUUUCAAACCAAGGACAUGAUUGAGCUCAUCAAGUUCCACAACUUCAUUGAAUCUCAUCUUGAAAAUUUGACAGAUGAAACACAGAUUUUAGCAAGGUUUGAAGACUUCCCCACAAAGAAGCUGGAAGCUUUAAGAGCGGCGGCAGCUCUACGCUUAAAGUUAGAGGCAAUUGUAGCUGACUUGCAGAACUGGAAGAUUGCACCUCCUCUUGGAAAGCUCCUCGACCAGAUUGAGAACUACUUCAACAAGAUGAAACGAGAAAUUGACACGCUCGAACGAAUAAAGGACGAAGAGUCCAAGAUGUUUCGGAGAAAUAAUAUCGAAUUCGACUUCGGUAUCCUCAUAAGAAUCAAGGAAUUGACGGUUGACAUAUCUUCAAGAUGCAUGGAAUUAGCACUUAAGGAAAGCAGAGAAGCAAAAGAAAUCGAGAACAAAGCGACCGUAACAAAAUCACAGACGCAAAGAACCGAUUACACUAAAAUGCUUUGGAGGGCUUUUCAGUUCACAUUCCGAGUGUACUCGUUUGCCGGUGGCCACGACGACCGUGCGGACAGACUGAGCAAAGAAUUAGCUCAUGAGAUUGAGACCAGUUCAUAGCACCACCAAUCAUUCGUGUAGAGUUUGAAUAUUGAUCUCGAGCACCAUACUACAUGUAAGCAUCUCCAGCUAAUUCUGCUUAUAUGGUAUAUAGUGGGAGAAGCAAUUCCAUAGACUCUUGUAAAUACACUUCAUUUUGCAGUUAGCACAUCACACGUGAUUGCAGUCACCAGAAUAUCAAAAGCUCAUACUUUGAUCUUA